AUGGUGGUGCUGAAUAAGGGUGAUUAUGUCUGGGUGGACUCCGGGAUCCAGGUCUCAAUCGGAGCUCGGAUUAAAGCCUUGGAUGGAAAGCAGGUGCAUCUGGUGGAUGAUGAGGGAAAGGAGCGGCGUGUGUUGGAGAAGGAGCAGACGUCUCUCAGACUCAUGCACCCCACAUCGGUGGAGGGGGUGGACGAUAUGAUCAAACUGGGUGAUCUGACCGAGGCCAGUGUGCUCAGGAACCUGCUGAUCCGACACAAACAGGACAUCAUCUACACAUACAUCGGCUCGGUGUUGGUGGCCAUGAACCCGUAUCAGCUGCUGCCCAUCUACACGGCAGAUCAGGUGCAUCUGUACCACGGGCGUCGUCUGGGCGAACUGCCCCCCCACGUCUUCGCCAUUGCAGACUGCUGCUACUACAACAUGCAGCGAAACCAGUGUAACCAGUGCUGCGUCAUCAGUGGGGAGUCAGGAGCAGGAAAGACGGAAAGUACAAAGCUGAUCCUGCAGUUUCUGGCAGCAGUAAGCGGUCAGCACUCAUGGAUCGAGCAGCAGAUUCUGCAGGCGAACCCUGUGCUGGAAGCUUUUGGAAACGCCAAAACAAUACGUAAUGACAACUCAAGCCGCUUCGGGAAGUACAUUGAGAUCUUCUUUAAUAAAGACGGUGUGAUUGAAGGAGCUCACAUGGAGCAGUACCUGCUGGAGAAAUCUCGCGUCUGCCAUCAGGCCCCACUGGAGAGGAACUACCACAUUUUUUACUGCCUUCUCUCAGGGAUGCCCAAAGAGCAGAAAAAUGCCCUUUCACUCAGUGAUGCGACACAGUUCAACUAUCUCACUGAGGGAAACUGCAUCACAUGCGACGGUCGGGAUGACACAGAAGAGUUCGCCCAAAUCCGCACAGCUCUCAAAGUCCUCACCUUCUCCGAUAGGGAAUGCUGGGAUAUAUUUAAAUUACUGGCAGCCAUUCUUCACCUGGGCAAUGUCGAAUUUGAAGCCGGCAUGGUGAACAACAUGGACUCGUGUGAGGUUUUAUCAUCGGACCAUUUCACUGUCGCUGCUAAAUUGUUAGAGGUUGAUACAACACACCUGAACACGAGUUUGACCUCUCGCACCUUUAUGACCAAACAAGAGCAAGUGACAAAACCUCUAAGUUCAGAACAGGCUGUGGACUGCAGGGAUGCUCUGGCCAAGGUGAUCUACACCAGACUGUUCAUGUGGAUUUUUGGGAAAAUAAACAGUGCCAUCCAUAAACAGCAGACCAGCAGCUCCCACAAUCAGAAGUCCAUCAGUCUGCUGGAUAUAUUUGGCUUUGAGAAUUUUGUCACCAACAGUUUCGAGCAGCUGUGCAUUAACUAUGCUAACGAGCAGCUCCAGCAGUUCUUUGUGGCGCACAUCUUCAAACUGGAGCAGGAGGAGUACCUCAAAGAGGGCGUCACAUGGAAGAACGUCUCCUUCACCGAUAACCAGCACACGCUCGACCUUCUGGCUUUACAACCGCUCAACCUGCUGUCUCUAAUCGACGAGGAGACUCACUUCCCCAAGGGCACAGACAAGUCCAUGUUAGACAAAAUGAACAAUAAACACCGCAGAAAUAAGAUGUACAUCCCACCCAAAGCCAACCACAUCCUGCAGUUUGGUGUGAGACACUUCGCCGGCGUCGUCUUCUAUGACUGCAAAGGGUUUCUGGAGAAGAACCGAGACAUGUUGAAUUUGGACAUCAUCAUGCUGUUCCAGAAAUCCUCCAGCAAGCUGCUCAGGCAGAUCUUUGAGACGGAGCUGAACACCUGCCGAAGCAAACCCGUUAACAACAACAACAACAACCACCAUAGGAUCAUCAUCACGCAGAAGAAACCCACACGGGUACGUGCUCAGGGGAAUGAGCAGCGGCGACAGAUUUCCACGCUGAGUGGUCAGUUCAGACAGUCGCUGGACUCUCUGAUGAAGGCCCUGUCUCUGUGCCAGCCCUUCUUCAUCCGAUGCUUCAAACCCAAUGACAGCAAGCUCUCCAUGGUGUUCGAUCGGGAGCUGUGCAUACAACAGUUGAGUUAUUCUGGCAUCCUGGAGACCAUCAAAGUCCGUAAACUGGGAUAUCCAAUCCAGCACAAGUUUAAGGAGUUCCUGGGACGCUAUCGAGUUUUACUGAAGACCACCGACUGCGACCCGAGCAAGGAGUCCGCGGCUGACUGCUGUAACGCCAUCUGCAGAGCGGUCAUUGAAUGCCAAGACGACUGGAAGAUCGGCAAAACCAAGAUCUUUCUCAAGGAUCAUCACGACUCGUUUCUGGAGCUGCAGAGGGAGAAGGAGCUCAACAGGAAAGCACUCAUCAUCCAGAGAGUGAUGCUCGGCCACAAAGACAGGAAGAAUUUUAUUAGGAAAAGAAGUGCAGCUGUGACUGUGCAGAAAAAUUGGCGCGCUUGCAGAGACCGGAAAAAGUUUUUGAAACUACGUCAGGGUAUGAUGCGUCUCCAGGCAGUGGUACGCGCCAGGCAGGGCUUCCUGCAGUAUCGACGCAAACGAGCCGCUGCUGUCAUGCUGCAGAAUCACAUGCGCUGUUACCUCGCCAAGAAAGGCCUGAAACGCAAGCAAAAUGCUGCCAUACUGCUGCAGGCCCAAAUCAGAGGCCUGCUCGCCAGGAGACAGUUCAAACGUCUUAAAGAUGAGGCGUUUUUCUCAGCCCAGGAGCGUCAGGAACAGGAACUCGCAGCUCUGGAGCUCCAGCGUACGCACAACGAGACCAAUCACCACACAAGUGAGACUGGAGAUAAACAAGAUGAGGACAAGCAUGAUGAGAAAAUGGUGGAAAACAUAUUUGGAUUCCUUCCAGCCUCGACGGAAAAACAGGAGGAGCCAAGACAAAACAGCACACAGCAAAAACAAACUGUGGAAGUGAAGGAUAAAGUGGCUGAGAAACCCGUGCAGAUUGUAGUAACUCCAAGUACAGGUGACAACAAACCUGAGGAAGAGAAAGAAAAGGAAGAAGAGGAGGAGGAGGAUGAUAAUGAUGAUGAUGAUGAGUUCUCUUUCGCAAAGUUCUCUGCCACGCAUUUCCAGCACUCUGCUACUCACACACACAUCCAUCAGAGACUGAAACACCCGCUGCUUUACCAUGAGGAUGAAGGAGACACGCUGGCCUGUCUCACUGUCUGGUGGAUCAUUUUGAGGUUCAUGGGUGAUAUCCCCGAGCUGAGGCAGGCUCGUUUGUCUUUAAACCCGGAGCUCAUCAAGCAGCACCUGGGCCAAAACCAGAGCCGGCGUCUCAGUAACUUCGUCGGAUUGGAUCAGAAAAUCCUGCGUAAGAAACAAAAACAGAACAAACUGAGCAACAAUAAGAGGAAGCAAUCUGCCAUUCUAGAAGAGCUGAUUGCGGAAGAUCCGGCCGAAGAUGACAAUGUUCUGAUCGGAGAAGGACCCAGUUUGGAUCAGCCCUUAACCCCUUUGGAGAAACUGCACAUCAUUGUAGGAUAUGCUUUACGCAGACCUCACAUUCGAGAUGAGAUCUACUGUCAGAUCUGUAAGCAGCUGACAAAGAAUAAGAACCAGAGGAGCUGCAAACAAGGCUGGAUGCUUCUCUCGCUCUGUCUCGGGAUUUUCCAUCCAACUGAGCUCCUGACGAAAUACCUGGAGCGUUUUAUUCAUCGUGGACCUGCUAAGAUCUCCUCGUCCUGUGCUGAACGCCUCCAGAGAACAUUGAGUAAUGGAAACAGAAAGGAAGUGCCAUGCUGGAUCGAGUUAAAUGCCGUGGAGACGAACAAGCCCAUGAAGGUGGAGGUGAGACUGACAGACGGGCGUGUCCUCACUCUGCCUAUUGACUCGUCCAGCACUUCAUCAGAACUCUGCAGCACCAUUGCACAGAAAAUCAAUCUGAAGGACACAUUCGGAUUCUCGAUCUACAUCUCCUACCGCGAUAAGAACUGGUCUCUGGGCAGCGCCGAGAAUCACGUGCUGGACGCCAUCUCUCAGUGUGAGCAGGAGGAGAGGAGGCAGGGAAAAGAGGAGAAGGGAGCGCCUUGGCGUCUCUCUUUCCGGAAAGAGCUCUUCACCCCGUGGCAUGACUGCACCUCUGACCCCAUCAGCACAGAGCUCAUUUACACGCAGAUCAUCCAGGACCUCAAGACCGGAGAGUAUCAGUGUGAUAAGGAGGACGACUACGUGCAGCUCGCAGCGAAGCAUUAUUACAUCAAGUACAGUACGGAGCGCAGCGAGGAGAAGGCUAAAAGCAUCGUGUGGGAGUGUCUGAGCCUCAAUCUGAUCGAGAACAAAUCAGAGGUCAAGCUGGUGCAGCUGAUCAGCGCUGCCCACGAACAGGGCUCGUUUAUGACCUCCAGGGCGAGUCCUGAUAGCGUGAAAGCCGAAGUGGUCGGGUACGCCCGUCUCCACUGGCCCCUCUACUUCUCGAAAUUUUAUGAAGCCUCUGUGAUUUCAGGUCCCAAUUUACCUGAAGAAAAGUUAGUGGUGACUGUUAACUGGUACGGCGUCUCGUUUCAGGAAGGAAAAGAGAAAACCUACCUGACGCUUUCUUACCCUGAGGUGACAGGGGUCCAAGUAGUCAGUGAGGACCGGAUGGGGGACGUGGUGUGUCUCUCCACACUGAGAGGCGAGUAUAAGCUGGAGGCGGUUUAUGCUCGCAAAAUGGUGGAGCUGCUCUCUAUGUUCUUCAACGGGUUGAAAGAGCGCUCUGUUUAUGCCGUGGCUGUACAGGAUUGCAGCAGACCAGAUGAUGCAACGUUCCUGAGCUGCAAAAAGGGAGAUCUCAUCAACAUCAUCAAAGACGGAGAGUACGCUCCUGAGGGAGGCUGGAUUAAAGGGAUGAACGAUAGAACCAGACUCAGCGGAGCGGUUUCUACAGAAGCCAUCAUGAUCCUGGCGACCUUGAGUAGACCCUCUGAUGACAUCUUGGCUCUGUUUGACCCAAAUCAGAGGAAACCAAUGCUGAAUGCUCCACCAAAGGAGGAUCUGAGCACAGAGAGAGUGGCUCUUUUUUCACUCAAAGAGUUCUCCUUUGAGUAUUUCAGGGAGCUGGGUAAGGAAGCAGGACGUCAGGGUAAAUCCGGGUCACGAGAGAAACUGUGGGCCCAAUCGAAAGAACCGCUCAAACAGCCGCUACUGAAGAGUCUGCAGAAAAACUCUGAUCUCAGCCAGCUGGCCUGCAACUCCUUCACUGCGAUUAUGAAGUAUAUGGGUGACUAUCCAGUCAAAAGCAUCAGGAAUCCUGUGGAGCUCACAGACCAGAUCUACGGACCUGCGCUGCAGAACCCUGACCUCAGAGAUGAAAUUUACUGCCAGAUCAUGAAGCAGCUUACCAACAACAGCAAUGGGUUGAGUAUGGAGCGAGGCUGGCAGCUGUUAUGGCUUUGUUGUGGACUUUUUCCUCCCAGUCAAGCUUUGCUAAAACAUACUCAACGCUUCUUAGAGUCCAGACCCAGAGAGCCACUAUCAGCCGCCUGUCUGCAGAGACUACAAGGGAUGCUCAGAAUUGAACCCAGAACAAUGGCUCCUCAUCACGUGGAAGUGGACGCCAUCCAGCAGAACAGCUCACAGAUCUUCCACAAAGUUCAUUUCCCUGAUAGUACAGCAGAGAUCUAUGAAGUCACUACCACAACGAGGAUCCGUGACCUGUGCCGCAGUAUUGCCCAUAAUCUCACGCUCUCUUCUGCUGAUGGCUACAGUCUGUUCGUGAAAACCACAAACAAGGUUGUGAGCAUGAAUGAGGAGGAGUACUUCUUCGACAACCUGAAGGACCUCACAGACACUCCCAAGAAAGGAAAGAAAACCAAAGAGGCAACUCCAGUGAUUGUUCCUUAUCUGGUGCUGUUCAUGAGGAAGCUCUGGUUUAACGUGAUUCCUGGGAAAGAUCUCAAGGCCGACCUCAUGUUCCACUUUCCCCAGGAGUUGCCGAAAUAUCUGCGCGGCUAUCACAGCGUGGAGAAGGAGGACCUGAUCGCUCUGGCCGGGCUCCUGUUCAGGGUGAAAGUGGACGCAGACCGAACACAGUUCAUCAUGAUUCCCAAAAUGAUGAAGGAUCUCGUACCCCCUGAUCAGCACAAGAUCAUGUCCACUGAGGACUGGAAAAAGCACAUAAUCAGUGUGUACAAUAAGCAGGCAGGAAUCACAGUGGAUGAGGCUAAAUUGCGCUUCCUGAAGGCCAUCAGUUCGUGGCCCACGUUCGGCUGUGCCUUCUUCGAAGUGAAGCAAUCAUCUGACCGCUACUACCCCAACAUCAUCACCAUCUCCAUCAGCAAGCAAGGAGUCAGCCUCAUCGACCCCAAAACCAAGGAGGUGCUGGUGAUGCAUCCGUUCAGCAAAAUCACCAACUGGUCCAGUGGCAGCACCUACUUCCACCUGACCAUCGGCAGCCUGGUGAAGGGAAACACGCUGCUCUGUGAAACCUCUAUGGGAUAUAAAAUGGAUGACCUGCUGAGCUCGUACGUGAAGAUGUAUCACCACGAGAGGACGCUGGUGAGACAAAGAAGCCGGAACUUGUUCAAUUAACAAACACACACUCUCACAGAGUGUGGGAGUUAGCACUACAUCU